AUGGCAUCGAUUGUUUGGCCUGAAAAGGAGUAUGAAUUGCAAGAUCAUCACAGUGAUUCUACAAUCUGGAAUGAAUUUCAGUUUCGUAAUGAUGAUGUGAUCAUAUCCACUUAUCCCAAGUCUGGUACCACAUGGAUGCAACAAAUUGUCUUUCAAUUAUUAUUCAAUGGUAAAGAAGACCUUCAAGUUCAUAAAAUGUCACUAUGGCUUGAUUUUCGGUUGAAUGCAUCGAGUAGCCGAUACGGAUCAAAAGAAAAAUUACUGCAGGCAAUAGAAAAUCAGACACAACGCAGAGUUUUGAAAACUCAUUUACCACUUGGUGCACUAGUUUUCUCGCCAAAAGCAAAGUAUAUUUUUGUUGGUCGAGAUGGACGGGAUGCGGUUUGGAGUUUGUACAAUCAUCAUUCAAAUUACACUGAUGAAUUUUAUGAUCGCUUAAAUAACUCUCCGGGUCGAGUUGGUCCACCACUUCAACGUCCACAACCAACUUUUGUAGAAUAUUUUCAUAGUUGGCUUGAGAAAGAUGGUGCACCAUUUGUACCAUUCUUUGAAAACAUACGUUCGUGGUGGAAUGUACGUCAUUUACCGAAUGUAUUAUUAAUACAUUAUUCACAACUUAAAAGGGAUCUGCCACGUCAAAUAGAACGAAUAGCUCAAUUUCUGGAUAUUGCAGUCGAUCGUUCAAGUGCAGAAUGGAAUGACAUUUUAGAACACUGUUCCUUUGAUUAUAUGAAAAUAAAUGCAAAUAAAUUCAUACCAGAUGAUACAUUUAUCGGUGGUCCAAGCUCAUUUUUUAGGCGGGGCACAAAUGAUAGUUGGAAGCAUAUAUUAACGAAAGAAAAUUGUCAACGUUAUGAAGAAAAAGCUCAAUCGGAAUUAGGUGCAGAAGCUGCUAGAUGGUUGGCAAAGGGUGCUUAA